AAAUUUUUUUUAAUUCCCCUACUUCUGACUUUAUAAGUGCUGUCAGUGUAACAAACAGUGCCCAGAAAUCCGGUUCCCUUAAAGAUGCUUUUGAGCAUUCAGCUUUAAAUACCGUUAAAUUUUGCGUUGGCAAAAUUGUACUGUUAAUAAUAACAAUAAAAACAUAUAUGAUGCUUUCAGUGUUAAACGACAAAGCUACACUCAACAAGGAAAAAAAAAAACCAAACUCACAGAACAAUGACUCACCCGGUGAUAACAAUCACAAAAAUUAUGUAAUAUUCAGAAUAGGAUAAACCUCAUAAUCAUAUAUUAAUCACAUUCGAGCCAUGACAUCAUUUGGCUGGAAGCGGAAGGCUGGGUCAUCCAUUGUAAAGGCUGCUUCAGUCACUUUUGAAAAAGAAUCAAAAGAUGAAGGGCUGGACAAUGAAGUAACUCGAGGAGAAGUAGACUGGUUAACUUUAAUGCCUAAACGUCGUUUAAUAUGUCUUGAAGAUGCUAAAGCCAAAAGCCAACGACUUAUGGAAGAAGGGGCUAUACUUGCUCAAGCAGAAAGAUACUGGGAGGCUAUCAAGAAAUGGGAUGAAGGACUAUUGCUGUCACCAGAAAACAGCAGAAUGUUAGACAUGAAAGCCCAGGCUCUGAUGGCUGUAGGGGAAGUAUUUCCAGCAGUACAAGCCGCUGAAUAUGCUGUUAAAUUAGAUCCAACUUGGUGGGAGGCAAGACAAACAUUAGGAAGAGCUCUGCUUAAUAUGGGAGAAGUAAACCUUGCAGUGCGCACUUUUUGCAAGGCCGUCAUGCUGAAUCCAUCUGAUAGCGAACUUUGGCAGGCUGACUUGCUUUGGGCAUGCUCCAUCAGAGAUCGCAUGCAAUUUUGUCAACAUUCUUCAGCUACCAAGGCUACAGAAAAGGGUGUGCCAGGGAAAGAAGAAUUUUCUUGCACAGUUAAACUUGUGCCAUUAGAUGAAGACUCUUCUGAUGGUUCUGAAGUGCUGCCUGUGGUGCCUAUGAGUGUUAGGACCGGUAGGAAUAUGAACAAUGAGGAGAUCACAGAGAAUGGGCAGCUUACCUUGUUGAAUGUACCCCCUAACUAUGUGCACCUAAGAGGAUAGUCUGCAUUCAUGAAAAGCUGGUGGAUUGUGGUUCGUAAGUCAUUUAUUUGUUUGAAGUGUUUCUGUACUGAAUUCUUAUUAAAUGGAAUGAAGGUUGCAUGCUGAUUGUGGAUUGUUGUGAAAUAGGUACUUUAUAUGACUGUUUUCUUGCAGGCUGUGACGAGGAUGAAAACAGGUUGGACAUGAUAGCUUUAUUCUUUUGCGAAGAUGUUGAAAGUAAUUUGAGUGAGGUUACACUUCUUGUAAAAUGCAUUUUGAAAACUUUGUACAGGUAUGGUAAUAAAUGAUGACUAGAUGAAA